AUGAUCUCAUCGCCUUGGCCGUUUGAAAUAUGGGGGAUCGACCUGAUCCAUUCAUUACCAACUGGGAGAGGAGGAGUUUGUUAUUCGGUUGCCACCAUCGACUACAUUACGAAGUGGGUCGAGGCUAAGCCUUUGCCAACCAUAAUCUCAAAGAGAGUCCUGGAUUUUGUCGUGAAGAACAUCUCGUAUUGCUUUAGGCUCCCGAAGAAGAUCGUGUCUGAUAACAGAACUCAGUUCGAUAGUGAUCUUUUCACAAAAUUUUGUGAGAAGUACGACAUAAUCAAGAGUAUCUCUUCACUGGCAUAUCUGCAAGCUAAUGGACAAGUCGAGGCCGUAAAUAAAACCACAAAGAGAAUUACGGGUUACUUUAACUCAAAGGUAAAAGGACAUAGAUUUGAGAUGGAUGACCUGGUGCUUCAGAGAAUGUUUUUGGCAAGUAAGGAUCCUAAAGAUGGUGUAUUUGGACCUAAAUGGGAUGGACCAUACCAGAUUGUGGAGAUUUUAUGUGAGGGAACAUUCAAACUAGCUCAGCUAAGUGGAGAGUUGUAUUUUUCCGUGUAA